GAGCUCGCCGGCGGCCUGGAGGACUGGGAAGAUGUUGACGGCUCCAGCGUCGAUCGAUAUGGCUUCAUCACCGCCCCCCGAUCACGGCUCGGCACGCCCACCGAGAUGAAGAUAUCAGAAACGCUAAAGCGCAAGGAGUGGGAGAGGUCGGAGAAGUGGCGCAAGAUGGCCAAGGUCGUCCGAAAAGGCGGCCAGGGCGAAGGCAUGGAGUUUGAAUUUGACAGGAAGAACCCUAAGCUUAUUGAGCGAACGUGGAAGGGCAUUCCCGAUCGCUGGCGCGCAGCCGCCUGGUGGUCUUUUCUUGCUAGCUCCGCUGCGGAACACGGAGUUCAUGCUGUGGAAGAGGAGAUUGUUGCCUCGUUUCACCGGCUGCUGGAGCAAAGCUCACCGGACGAUGUGCAGAUUGACCUUGAUGUGCCCCGAACCAUUAGCCGACACAUCAUGUUUCGCAAGAGGUACCGUGGCGGCCAGCGGCUUCUGUUCCGGGUCUUACACUGCCUGUCCAUCUUCUUUCCGGAAACGGGCUAUGUCCAAGGCAUGGCGUCGUUGGCAGCAACGUUGCUGUGCUACUUUGACGAGGAAAAAUGCUUCGUCAUGCUGGUGCGCAUGUGGCAGCUACGAGGGCUCGAUCGCCUCUACCGCCCAGGCUUCGAAGGUCUGAUGAAGGCUCUGCACGAGUUUGAUGAAACUUGGCUGAACAAGGACGUGGCCAAGAGGCUGACCGAACUCAACGUAGACAUAACGGCGUACGGUACACGAUGGUACCUUACCCUCUUCAACCUCUCCAUCCCAUUCCCAGCCCAGCUGCGAGUUUGGGACGUCUUUCUCCUGUUGGGAGAUAGCGCAGCCGAGUCGAAUAUUCUCGCCCAUGUUGACGACAACGAAGCAAGUCCGGCUACGGGACUCGACGUUUUGCACGCCACGAGCGCUGCCUUGAUCCAGGCCCUCCGCGAGGUGCUCCUGGACUCAGACUUUGAAAAUGCGAUGAAGGCCUUGACGUCAUGGAUUCCCAUCAAGGAUGAGGAUCUCCUGAUGAAGGUGACCAAAGCCGAAUGGAAGUCACACCAAGGCAAGAAG